AUGCCUUCACAAUAUUACGAUGAGGAUGACCAACAAUUGCAAGAUUAUGGUCAUUCAAUGGCUCAUAUACUGGGAUCGUAUCUAAUGCCAAUGAUAAACGCCUACCUUAUAAAUGUUUGGCAACUGAAUUUUAUCCAUGUUUCUGGAAUAGUGAUUAUCUGUGAGGGCAUGUUAUGGAUGUUGCCGUUAUUCUUUUUCUACCUUUCCGAUGCUGUUCUGAGUCUACGCCAAAUCACAAAGAUCACCAGUAUUUUCUAUACCGCUAGUAUGGUAUUCCUCUCUAUGUCAGCUCCGCCAAUCCUCUCUACACUCACUGGUACAUGCGGUGGUUACCGACCAGAAUGCUUUGGUCUAACACAAAGGAUUUUGUUCUUCACAUCCUUGGUACUGUUUACGGUGGGGUCAUCGGGAAAUAUUUUCAUUGCUGGAUUGCAGUAUGAGUACUUACUUUCGAGGUUCCCUUUGGAAUUUAGAAGCGACUUACAAAAGCGCCUCAAGAAGUCUUUAUCAAAACAAUUUGCCCAUAUUGGUGGAGCUUCAACAUUGUCUUUUAUUAAACCAUGGGCACUUAGAUUUGGAAUUAUAGCACUUCUAUCUGCUAUAGGUACUUGUUUAUCCUUAGGACCUUGUUACCCCUUGAUUGCAUCAACUUUACCCGAGGAAAAUAUGCAGAAGGCAAGUCCACUAACCAAUAUGAUUAGAGUAUUCGUGGCCUCUGCUUUGAAGAUAUCACAAAAACUUCCAAACGAUACAUCUCUUCUUUAUGAGAAAAAUGAUGAGCCGGAUGUUCAGUUAUUGCCACAUACUCCCGGACUCAGAUUCUUAGACAAGGCAGCUAUCCUAUUGCCAAAUAAAAGUAGAAUAGAACAAGAGAAUAAUAAAUGGAGUCUUUGUACGGUUACACAAGUCGAAGAAACAAAAAUUGCCAUUCGGAUGUUCCCUAUGUGGAUGACCUUCAUAAUAUGUGGCCUGGUGACUUCCAUCGGAUACAGCUACUUCCUCAUACAAGCAAACAACUUGAAUCCCAAGUUAGCAUUUUUUAAACUACCUUUUCUUUUCCUUCCAAUGCUACAUAAUAUUGUGAAACCACUACUUGAAAAAACAAACAAAUAUUUUACACCCCAAGAAGGCAUUGGUAUGGCUAUGAUAUGCUCAGUACUAUGUUGUAUAACUGCUGCCUUAGUCGAAGCUCGAAGGUUGCACAUUGUUAUAAGCCAUGGUUUACUGGACAAACCUGAAGAAAGGAUACCAAUGAGUGUGCUUUGGCUGGCUCCACAGUUUUUUCUCCUUGCUGGACUAGAAUCAUUUUUUGAACGAAGUGUCAAGCGUCUCUUUUCUGAUAAAAUUCCUCCAUCAAGCAGAAAGUAUCUCAAUUAUUUCACAGAUGGAAUAUUCGGUCUAGGAAUUAUGGGUGGUGUUCUAUCAGUUUACUUAGCAGGAAAGCUCAGUGAGAGAGGAGGAAAACCAAAUUGGUUUCAGGACACUUUAAACAGGAGUCGUUUGGACAAUUACUACUGGACUCUAGCUGCAUUAGGUGCUGCAAAUUUUUUGUUGUACAUUUUGGUGUUAAUAUGUUUUCGGAAUCCCAAGUCAAAUUAUGAGGAAGCCGACGUCAAUGGAGAAUUUCAUCCACUUGAUAGUUAA